CUCUCUCUCUCUCUCACACACUCUUUCACAGUCUUUCUGCUCUCCCAAUUCUCUCCUCCAUAAAUUGUGUGGAGUUUUGGGAGCACAGUUUCUAAGGUUGGUUGAGAUCUUUUGUGGGUUUACAAGCACUCUAUAUGUUUGUUUGCGUAUGAAUAAUUUAAUUAGUUUUUUGUGAAGGCUCCAGCCCCAGGGCUCCAACACUUUCUUGUUCCUCGCAAAAAAAAAAAAAAAAAGAUGGGAGAAAUGUCGAGCUUCCAGCUGGGCGUUAUUGGCGCGCUUUUCCUUUCGGUGGCGUCAUCUGUCUCCAUUGUCAUCUGCAACAAAGCUUUGAUGAGCAAGCUUGGCUUCCCUUUUGCUACUACGCUCACUAGUUGGCAUCUUAUGGUGACAUUCUGCACCCUGCAUGUGGCGCAACGGUUGAAUUUUUUUGAGUCGAAAUCAACAGACGCAAAGACUGUAAUACUCUUUGGCCUUCUGAAUGGAGUUUCAAUUGGAUUUCUCAACCUGAGCCUGGGUUUCAACUCCAUUGGAUUUUACCAGAUGACAAAGCUUGCAAUCAUACCAUUUACUGUACUAUUGGAAACACUGUUCCUGAACAAGCAAUUCAGCCGGAAGAUUAAGUUCUCUCUCUUCCUCUUACUAGUAGGAGUUGGCAUUGCCUCCAUAACUGAUCUUCAACUCAAUUCUUUGGGAUCAAUCCUCUCUGUUUUAGCCAUUAUAACUACCUGUGUUGGUCAAAUUCUGACAAACACAAUACAGAAGAGGCUCAAUGUAUCUUCAACUCAGCUGCUAUACCAGUCAGCUCCAUUUCAGGCAGCAGUGCUCUUUGUCUCAGGCCCUCUGGUUGAUCAGUUCCUCACCAACCAAAAUGUCUUUGCCUACAAAUAUUCUCCUUUAGUUUUGGCAUUCAUCGUGCUAUCGUGCCUAAUAGCAGUGGCUGUGAACUUCAGCACCUUUCUAGUUAUUGGCAAGACUUCUCCUGUUACAUAUCAAGUGCUAGGGCACCUCAAGACAUGCCUUGUUCUUGCCUUUGGCUAUACACUUCUUCAUGACCCAUUUACAGAGAGGAACAUUAUUGGAAUCCUAAUUGCAAUAUGGGGAAUGGGACUUUACUCAUAUUUUUGCACCCAGGAGGGUAAAAAGAAACAACCCACUGAUGUAUCACUGGCUUCCCAGAUUAAAGAUAAAGAUACUACACCACUUUUGGCUGGGAAGAGCAUGGGCCUUUCAGAUAAGGAAACUCAUGAGGCUAAGAAAUCAACCAAGGACUCUGUUGUUUAAGUUUGUGACAAAAGUUUCAUGUAUCUUGGUCUUUCUUUCCAGAUCCAGGACAUUUUUUCCCCUAUAAACUCAAGACAUUUUGCUGAGUUGUAAAGGAUUUUGAUUCUUUGAAUAAAUUGACUCUCUUCCUUUUCCUUUUUUUAA